CUUGCUUGUUUUGUCACAAACUGAAAUUAGCCAAACCAUUAGAUACUGCAUCUUACAGUUUUAUUUUGGUCCUAAUGUUGCCAUGAUUGGCUUGAGGCACAAAUACAUUGUGGCAUCAGACUUCUUUUGAAUAUUGUUUAGUUUAUGUGCCAGGCCUUGAAUCAAAGUCCAGUACUGUCCGUUUAAAUCUAGAGGUGGGAAGGACCUAACCAAGGGGGAACUUGCGAGUGUGUACGUGUGGCAGUACGUAUUCGGCUCAACCGAAUACGCGGAUCACACGGGCUGUCAACCUUUUGUGGAAAAUGACGAAAAUCACAGUAGUCAAAACCAAGGCUUAUCCCGACCAGAAGCCUGGCACGAGUGGACUGCGGAAAAGAGUGACAGUCUUUCAAACGAAUGAGCACUAUGCGGAGAACUUCAUUCAAAGCAUUAUCUCUUGCAUCGAACCAGCGGAGCGUCAGCCUGGACUGCUCGUAGUGGGAGGCGAUGGAAGGUUUUUCAUGAAAGAUGCCAUUAAGUUGAUCAUCCAGAUCGCCGCUGCUAAUGGGAUAGGCCACCUGGUCAUUGGUCAGAAUGGCAUCAUGUCCACCCCCGCUGUGUCCUGUGUGAUCCGCAAGCUCAAAGCGGUGGGAGGAAUCAUCCUCACGGCCAGCCACAACCCCGGUGGCCCUAAAGGAGACUUUGGCAUCAAGUACAACAUCUCUUCCGGAGGUCCUGCGCCCGAGGGAAUCACAGACAAAAUAUUCCAGAUCAGCAAGAGCCUAACAGAGUACCACAUCUGCCCCGACCUCAAGGUUGACAUCUCCAAGAUCGGCAAGCAGACCUUUGAGGUGGACACAUUCAAGCCCAUGACAGUGGAGAUCGUGGACUCUGUGGAGUCCUACGCUGAGAUGCUGAGGGGAAUCUUCGACUUCAAUGCCCUAAAACAGCUUGUGUCUGGAGCCAAUCACAUUAAAGUCCGUCUGGAUGCCAUGCACGGAGUGGUUGGACCCUAUGUGAAGAAGAUUGUCUGUGAGGAGUUGGGCGCUGCCGCCGACGGUGCCUUCAACUGUGUCCCCAAGGAGGACUUUGGUGGUCAUCACCCUGACCCCAAUCUGACCUACGCCUCUGACCUGGUCAACGCCAUGAAGGGAGGAGAUUACGACCUCGGAGCCGCCUUUGAUGAUGAUGGUGAUCGUAACAUGGUCCUUGGAAAGCAUGGCUUCUUUGUCAACCCUUCUGACUCUGUGGCCAUCAUUGCAGCCAACAUCACUUGCAUCCCCUACUUCCAGAAGACUGGGGUCAAAGGUCUGGCCCGCAGCAUGCCCACCAGCGGAGCUCUGGACAAUGUGGCUAAAGCCUUGAAGAUGAAUCUGUAUGAGACUCCUACUGGCUGGAAGUUCUUUGGCAACCUGAUGGACGCUGGCAAGCUGUCUCUGUGCGGAGAGGAGAGCUUCGGCACUGGCUCUGAUCACAUCCGUGAGAAGGACGGCUUGUGGGCGGUGCUGGCCUGGAUGUCCAUCCUAGCCCACAGGAAGCAGAGUGUGGAAGAGAUCAUGAAAGACCACUGGAACAAAUUUGGCAGGAACUUCUUCACCAGGUAUGAUUAUGAAGAAGUGGACUCAGACAAAGCCAACACCAUGAUCAAGGAGCUUGAGGCUAAGAUGUUUGACAAGUCCUUUGUGGGCCAGAAGUUUUCAUCGGGAGACAAGAGCUAUGAGGUGGCUGUCUCUGACAAUUUUGCCUAUACCGACCCUGUGGACGGCAGCGUCUCCAAGAACCAGGGUCUGAGGAUAGUCUUCUCCGACGGCUCCAGGAUCAUCUUUCGUCUCAGUGGGACAGGCAGCGCUGGUGCGACCGUCAGGCUCUACAUAGACAGCUAUGAGAAGGACCCCGCCAAAAUCUACGGCGACGCACAGGUCAUGCUGAAACCUCUGGUGGAGAUUGCGCUGAAGAUCUCUGGGCUCCAUGAGAAGACCGGCCGCACCGGGCCCACUGUGAUCACGUAGACUGCUGCCCCCCCCCCACACUGUGAUCACGUAGACUGCUGCC